CCGAGCCAAGCCGCGGCGCGCCCCGCGCGUGCCUUCAUGCCUUGCCGACCCACGCGCCCUCGCCUCGCCGCGCUCGCUAGUCGCUAGUCGCUCCACGCAGCACGCAGUAGUCACUAGUCAGACGAUCGUACGCGUUGACGGAGAUUAUGCGCUGUGAAAAUACGACCGCGAGAUCGCGCGUACAGUGAAGUGAAGUGCCUGUGCUGGAUGCGGUUUACAACGGAGAUUGAUGCCAUUGUGAUCUCCCGCUUUGGAUUUGUUUAUUGAUGGGAGAGCAAUAGACCUCGAGAUGCGAUAUGCGCGCUCUGUGUUCGGUUCGAGGGCCGCUGGGCGGGGAGUCGCGCGCGCUCGGCGCGGGCGCUCGCCUCCUGGCCCUGCGCUUGCCCGGCCAGCCCCAGCCACUCCACUUCGUUGUAGAAGCCAAGGCAAGGGUCAAGGAGUUGAAGACUUUGGCUCAUGCGCACUCACAACUUCUAGGCAUCACCGAUACCGAACUAUUCGGUUUAGCUAUCAUGCAAAAUGGCGAAUACUUGUUCGUUGAUCUAGAAAGUAAACUUUCAAAAUAUGCGCCAAAGAGCUGGAGAUCUUCACAUACGCAUGGUUUAGACGCGAAUGGAAAACCUCUAUUGGAACUUCAUCUUGUAAUUCAAUAUUACGUAGAAAGUCCAUUACUACUACACGAUGACAUUGGGCGUCAUCUAUAUUUCCUGCAACUGCUUGAAAAUAUACGCAUUAGGGACGCACUGCCCGCUGAAAUACUUUUGCUACUAAUUGGACUAGCAUUACAAGCUAAAUAUGGCGACGAAGAAAGUGACGAGGAUCAAGAAUAUUUUAAAGUCGAAGAACUUGCACCGCCGUCUCUCAAAGGUGAUUGGGUAUCGUCUGCUAUACGGGCUUGCCACCGCGAACAUCGGGGCCUCACAAAAUCCGAAGCAGAAAUCAGAUUUAUUCGCGAGGUUUGCCUACUACCAGAUACAGUAAACUCCCACAGAUAUCGACUUAAGCAGUCUAAAACAGAAACAGAACCGGGAACUGCAUGGCUUCUUGUCACAGCUAAAGGUGUUAAGAUACUUCCCGAUAAUGGUCCUACAUCAAAUUUCAUAUGGAGUUCUAUAGGCAAGUUAAGUUUUGAUAGAAAAAAAUUCGAAAUAAGAACUGAGGAGGGAAAAAUCACAUUAUAUUCGUCAAGUGAAGAAAAGUGUAAAUAUUUAUUUGCUUUGUGUAAAGAAACCCAUCAAUUUUCAAUGAAAAUUUCUUCAAAACUAAAUGAAAUCCUUAAAAAAGAAGAAGAUGAACGUAAAAAUUGUUUUGGCUACUCAAAGUCCCUCAGCUCACAAUACUGUCAAAACAAAAAUGAACAAAGAAUAUCACUAAUAUCUUCCACUAGCUCAAAUACAACUUCUGGGAUUGUUAGUGACAGAGUGCAAUCUGAAGAUGAGUUAGAAAUAAUGAUUGACUCGCCCCCAGCUCCUUCUACUGAAAGUUUAGCGUUUGCUCAUUUAUUAGACUAUUCAAACUCUUAUAUGAUUCCAUAUAUUUCUAAAGAAGUACAAUCAUUAAAAACAUCAACUUCGCUUCAACAACAAAAAUGUAAAAUGCGCAUAUCAAAAAACAAAGAUGACGAAAAGGUUUCUAAAUAUGAAAGUUCAUUAGAAGUUAGUAACUGUUCAACAAAUCCCUCAGAUGAGAUAGAUUUAUUACCAGAUCAGAGCACGGCACCGGAAAAGUUGACGGAUAGUCCAACUUCAAAUAAAUUGAAAUGUACUGGGUCACAAUGUUCUUCAUCUUGUAGCACUGUUAUUUUAAAAAGGGGCGGUUUAAGCACACUUAGUAGAGUAUCCAAUGCUAGCAGUCUAGAACUCGGAUAUAGUCAUACUGCACAAAAUUCCAUGUUGAGUGACAAUAGUACUGUUGGAAUAGACGGAUUAUACACACAAGACACUGCAUCUGCAUUAUAUGACGGUUUAGGACAACCUGUAACAGCCGCAGCUUCGAGUGAAACUAGUGGAGUUUAUACAAUGGGUAGUUCUGAAUUAACAGCACGUUCCAAAUUGUACGCUCACUCCGAAGAAAGUCGGACAGAAUACAGCGAAUCCCAUUACGCCAGUUACGAAAUAUCAAAGGAAAACGAUUUAGCAGAUUUUGAUAGUGUAUCAUCUAUCUUGAAAAAUAAAUCGGAAAGAGCGAAACACUCACCUAAAAGUUUAAGGUUAACAACCUCUCUAAGUAAUACAGAUUGUGUUGAUGGAAUACCUACAUUUUGUGAUGUCGAGCACGACGACAAAGAAAAUAUUUUUCGAGAACGCACAAAUUCUAAUGUCAGUGCUAUUUCAUUUCAUGGCGAUGGAAGCGAUCCAACUGAUAAUAAACACAAUUUACUCAGUGCGAGUGAACUGAGUGAUUUAAUAGUAGGUAGAGGUGUAUAUCCUAAAAAUCAGUCAGUAAGUGACACAUUUGAUUCAGUGUCGGAUUAUGUAAGAUUACCAUUACCUUUUUCUGGUGACAGUUACCUUCAAGGUCAUGAGGAUACCGCUCCUUCGGAUGAUAACUAUCCUAAUAAUUCAUUCUUUGAUCGACCACCAACUCCGCCAACUAGAAUUGACAGCCGCAAAGGUCUCAAUUUAUCUCUUCCUAAUAUAUUGGAUUUGAAUGACGAGAUGCCAAUGUUUACUGUAUGUCCAGACAAACCUCCACCACCUUACGAAUAUAAACAUCUCACGCUUUCACCUCAUGCUUCAGUACCACCUAAACCGCCGCCCGCUUAUCCUGGCACGCCAGUAUCUAAUUGUUCUAAACAACCUGAUAAGAAGGAAGAGGUUGCAGCAAGAGUUGUAACAACUAAACCGAUGAUCAAUAUAUUAAAAGCAGAGGCAGGCGAAGUCAACGCAUCCGGUGAACGCACUUUCGCUAGUCCAAUGGUAUUGGAACACCGCUUUCAGAAGUCAAAAAGACAUCAGACAUCUAGUCGUAGAGCAGGAAGGUCUAAACUAGCGCAGGGUUUAAGCAAUAAUCUUUCACCGUCGAGAGAAAUAGCACCACACAUAGAUUCUAACGUCCUAGUUGCAAUGAUGAAACUGCCCCCUCCACCACCACCGCCUCGCCGCCCUCGGUUGCCGCCACCUCCACCAGUGACGCGCCUUCCUCCACCGCCACCUCCGCACAACCCAAUGUUUCAUCAACAGUUAUAUAGUGAUGUUGAUUACGUCUAUUACCCACUGCAAGAUCCAUCUAUAUCGCAGCAAAAUUAUGUAGACCACAAAGUUACAGAAUCGCGAAUUUCUAAUUUGCACAAAAGCAGUUUACAGUAUAGAAGUACACCAUAUUUAUCGACUUCCUUGUCUACGUCAUCUACAUAUGGCUCGAUACAAAAUCUUUCAGACUCUUAUAUUCAAAUACCUGGCACCAGAACAAGUUGGUACUCGAUGACGAGUAGAACAUCCAUCAGUAGCCAUUCAAUAAAUUUGGAAAGGCCUCCAAUGUUUUCGUGUACACCCGAACCAAGUUUUGUACGAACGAAAUCUCAUGAAAAUAUGCUUUCAAUUAUGGAUCCACCACGAAUGAAAACAAGGAGAAUGCCACCGCCGCCUCCACCGCCUUACGAACACAAGAAAAAAAUUCCUUCUCAUUUGAGGGAGUUUAAAGGACCAAUCUCUAGCACGUUUGAUAGUGAUAAUAGUGUUACUAAACUAAAAUCCUCCAAUUGUGAUUUAGAUAUAAAAACUCUUAGAGAAAAAAGUAAAAACUUGGACUUGCCACUAAUUGCUGCAUUGUGUAAUGAUCGAUCGUUGUUAAAACAAACUAAAGCUUUUGGUGCCACAAAACUAGUUAAACAAACAGGUAGUGACUGUGAAAGUGACAAAAAAAGUGCCAAGUCUGCUCAAAUCACCACCGAUAACAUAGAUCUUAAGAAUAAGCAAGAUAUUGCGAAGCGAGUAGUCCCCGGGCCUGCGAAAAAAAUAUUAAUGAGAAAUCCUACAGAUAAACUUCCAGCUUUGCCCGGUUCUGAAACUCACACUCCUAGAGCACUAUCUAACACAUACGUCAUGCAUCCAAAUGUAGGGAAACUCAAAAAGAGCCAACCUAGCUCAUGACAUUGCUUUAAAUCUAAGGUUAAUAUUUAAAAAUAAGAUUUUCUUGUUGUGAAUCCUUCCAGUGCUAUGAUUUUACAGUUUUCAUCCACCAUUUUUAUUGUAACAAAAGACUGACAUUAGAUAAUAACAAUCCCACUGAUAUUAAUUAAUAGAUGGUAGGUUUUUUAAACUAUCAGUUAUUGGAAAAAUAUACUUUAAGGGCUCGCAAGUGAGACACUAUCAAUGGCCUAAUAAAAUAUAUCAAUUGAUAACAUUUCUAAUUUUUUUGUGUUCAAAUACAAUACAUUCAAUAAUAAGGAUAUCAAGACAAAACAGCUUGGUGAUCUAAACCCAAAUAUAGACGUAAUAUCAUAUUGUUAGCUAAGCAUUUGCCAUACAAAGACACUUAUUCAAAUUAUAGUAAAAUGUUUGAUGUUAUGAAAUUAGUUUUUAUAUUAAUAUAGCUAAUUCACGUCGCUUCGCCACAAUUUGAAAUGUUUUCAAUUUCAUAUCUCUCAAAAAUAUAUUUUAUUUCGGCUACAAUACGAAGCUCUAGGAUUUUGAGUUCAGAUGUUAAAAUAUUUAAGUAAUCAACAAGUUAUAAAUUGUAUGUCUAAAUUAAUUUAAUUUCACUAUGUAAUAAUUGCGUAUCAAUUAAAAUAGUUUACACAUGUGUAAAUUGUACAGAAAAGUAAUUUAUUUAUUGAAAUAAUUCAGUUUAUAUCAAUUCACUAUGAAAUAGUGAAUUAUUGUAAAACCACAAAUAUAAUUUUUAAUACUCACUUUUUAAUGUUAUUCUGAAGUAAAUGUAUUUGAUAUGUAAGUAUCAGAAGUCAUUGCUAAGUCCUAGUUAAUAAUAGAAAUGUAAUAUUUUUCACAACUAUUUAUUCUCGAUUUCAAUCAUGUACAUAACAUUAAAUAAGUAAAGUACUAUCACUUUUAUAAGUUCCGUCAAUAUACCUGCGCAGGGGAAUUAAUUUUGGACGGCGCGAAUAAGUCAAUCAUAGCUAGCGUUGCCAACCGUACUAUAAUAUAAUAUAUAUAUUGUACUAAAUUUUGGGUCUGUGUACUAUAUACUGUUAAAGAAAUAUAUAGUACGCAAAAAUACUAUAUUUUCAUCAAUGAAAUCUAACCAACAAAUCUUACAUUUUAAAACGCUAUGAACAUUAGUAAAAUUUACAUUUUAGACUCUUAUUUUUGAAAGAAUAAUGCAAAUAAAUAUAGUUUUCAUAAAUAUAAUAAUUAAUGUAUUUUUCGCUCAUUCCAUAAAAUAUGUACUAUAUUUUCUAAGAGCGUACUAUAUUUUUUACAGCUAAAUCUGAAAAAUACUAUAUUUUUCUUAAGAAGUGUUGGCAACCCUAAUAUAGCGCGCGUUAUUGCUGUUAUCCUAUUGGUCGUCGCCAUUUGCAGUCUUUUACGUCGCAGUAUCAGCAAAAAACACAAGUCUGACCUAGUAUUUAAAAUCUUAUUGCAAUAAUCUGUAUUUCAUUGGUAUUUCCUUUUAAUUCAUACAUUCUUUUAAUCGGCGUCAUGUUGUGCUCUCUUCCCCUAACGAAUAUUCCAAAAUGCGACUUACGAAAGUGGUAGUACUGUCCAUCUAUUUUUUUCUAAUGUGUACAAAUGUAUUAUAAAAGUAAACAUACAUGAAUAAUA